AUGACGAGUGGCGUGGUGGAAAUGAGCUCCUGCAGGCUGCUCUGUGGCUCAUGUGGCCUGCUUCUCUUUCACAGGAUGGUGGAGUACUCUCUGGACCUGCAGAACAUCAACCUGUCGGCCAUCCGCACCGUCAGGGUCCUGCGGCCGCUCAAAGCCAUCAACCGCGUCCCCAGGAACCGGAGGACCUGGAGGAAACCGAAGCACCUGGAGGAAGCCGGAGCACCUGGAGGAAACCGGAGCACCUGGAGGAAACCGGAGCACCUGGAGGAAGCCGGAGCACCUGGAGGACACCGGAGCACCUGGAGUAAACCGGAGCACCAAACCGGAGCACCUGGAGUAAACCGGAGCACCUGGAGGACACCGGAGCACCUGGAGGAAACCGGAGCACCUAGAGGAAGCCGGAGCACCUGGAGGAAACCGGAGCACCUGGAGGAAGCCGGAGCACCUGGAGGACACCGGAGCACCUGGAGGACACCGGAGCACCUGGAGGAAACCGGAGCACCUAGAGGAAGCCGGAGCACCUGGAGUAAACCGGAGCACCUGGAGGACACCGGAGCACCUGGAGGAAACCGGAGCACCUAG